AUGGAGGAUCCUGUGUCGACGCCGCGGCUACCGCCCCCCGCUUUUAAACCAGGAACAACUUCCGCAGCGAAGGAACAGACAUUCUCCUCGUCUCCCGGCUUUGGAACGCCGGCGUACCCCAUAAAGCCGCGGACAGCGCCUCCAUUACGACAAGCAUUCGCAGCGGCGCAAAACCAGACGACCAACACCUCAGAAUCCAGCCCUUCCGUGCUGCCAAUAUUACUCCCUCCUCAAACGCUUCGUCCAGUCGCUUUUCGGACUUUGACGAAGAAGCACAACUUGACCCUCACCUCCUCUGGCCUUGGACUGCUCUCAACAUUUGUUGGCAAGUUUUGUGGGAGUGGAUGGCGAGAGGAAGGUCUGGCGGAACGGGUGCUGGACGAGAUUGCAAAACAAUGGAAACGACAAGGUGCUGGUAUCAUCGUAGAAGACGGCCCAGACAAGAAGCUGACAGCUAUUCUGAAAAUGUUGGAACAGUGUAUGUCUGCAGGAAGACUCGACACAGGCAAACUGUCCCGCACAAACAGCUCCCUGGGAUCACUCUCUAGGACAACUUCGCUAGAGAUUCGACCGGAAAUGAACAGAGAUGAUAGCCAAACCAGCUUUGGUAUAUCAGCCUUAGAUGUGCAAGAUGAAGCGGAGGAAAACGAGAAUCUGGAGUCCAGAUAUCCAGAUGCGAGACCCUUCAUGAAGGUGAUCUCUGCUUUCCAACAGCCACGUUUGUCAUACUCGACAACAAAGAAAACGAUCGAGACCAUAUCAGGCGAAGCCUCUUUGCUGCCACCUAUACAAGCCAAAAUUGCCUUGUUCCGGAACCGAUACCAUCUUAUACACCAGAGGCUACUCCGUAAUGAAUCAUUCCAGACGCCCUCAUUCGCAGGCUCGCGGCCUCCGCAUCUGUCCCGAGCUGGCUCAAGCAUCACUCAGACCCAGGCGUACAAGAUUACGCCUAUAUCAAACCUCCUUGGUCGAAGUGGUACCGACCAUCUAUUGCUUGGGCUCCUCGCACACACGCCUGCCUCUGACCUCGCUCUCACUGACCUCUCUGGAAGCGUCGUGCUUGAUAUAUCCACAGCAAGACCCGUACCGCGCGACGGCUCGUAUUUCACACCUGGCAUGAUCGUCCUGGUCGAAGGCACCUACAUCGAAGACGGUUCAAACAAUUCAUCACUUUCCGGAUCGGGCGUUGGCGGACAGAUCAAAGGCCGCUUUGUCGCUGAGAACCUGUCUGGCCCACCCGCCGAGCGUCGGGAUGUUACUUUUGGCGUAGGACAGUCCCUUUCCUCCGAUACAGUCCAAACGUCUGUUGGUGCUGGGUUCGGCUGGGUCGAUUUUCUAGGUGUUGGGUCGGAGAAAGCGCUAGGUCCUCAGAUGCGCCGACUUCAGUCACGACUGUUCCCCUCCCCUGCUGGCUCCUUGAACAACGAAUCCCGGCGGUCCAAGAUAGCUAUCAUAUCUGAGUGUCACCUCGACUCUCCGCGCACACUCGAUGCUCUGCGCGCCAUUCUCGCGUCCUAUACUGCGUCGGAAAACCGGUCGGACCUGCCGCUGUCAAUCAUCUUCAUGGGCAAUUUCGUGUCCGCGGCUGCGAUGGCCGGCAGUGCGAAAGGUGGCGGUGUUGAGUACAAGGAGCACUUCGAUGCUCUGGCCUCUCUACUUUCGGAGUUCCCACAGCUAAUAGCAAGCACCACGCUAGUUUUCGUCCCCGGUGACAACGACCCCUGGGCGAGCACAUUCAGCAAAGGCGCCGCCACAGUCCUCCCGCGCCUGGGACUGCCAGAGCUUCUCACGAGCCGCAUACGGAGGGCCGUAGCCAGCGCGAACCAGGAACAGGGUACCAAAGAUGGCGAGAAAGGCGAGGUGGUGUGGGCCAGCAACCCGGCGAGGAUGAGUCUCUUCGGCCCCACGGAAGAGCUCGUGCUCUUCCGAGACGACAUCAGCAGCCGUAUGAGGCGCAACGCCAUCAACUUUCCCGCACUCGAGAAGAGCAAGGACGACAGCGCCACCGCAGAGGGCGGCGACGAAGCCGUCAAGGCCGCAGCCUCCCAUCUCCCAACUAAAGACAAGUCCAACCUUGACCUUGCAACCCAGAUCGGCCGCCGCAUCACCAAGACGCUGCUGGAUCAAUCGCACCUCUCACCCUUUCCGCUCUCGCUGCGGCCUGUGGCGUGGGAUUUCGCCUCGGCACUGUCGCUGUACCCACUCCCAACGGCGCUGGUGAUGGCGGACGCAGAGGCGCCACCAUUCUGCGUCACGUAUGAGGGCUGUCACGUCAUGAAUCCGGGCAGAGUGCUCGAGAGGGGUGGCGAGAGGAGGGGCGUGUGUCGGUGGAUUGAGUAUGAUGUUUCCGGUGGGCGGAAAGGGGGCCGCGGUGUGGUCAAGGAGGGGAGGUUCUAG